AUGCGGAAACAGCAGGUCACCAUGAGCGCAGCCAAAGCGGCCAAAUUUGAGGCGUGGCGUCGCUCGUUCUGGGAACAGAGCAAACUGCUCAACGAGGAAAGUGCUCAGCUCCAAUGCCUUCUAAAGCCACUGCAGCUAGCCGGGCCAUGUGCUACGUCUCAGCCCACGCAAUUUCCCCCACCCCCGCCGCUGGGGAGUUACACAGCGCCAUACAGCCAGCAGAGCUACCCGAACACCUGGGGCUUCCCACUGCAGGGGAAUUACCCAACGCCAUACAACCAGCAGAGCUACCCGAAUUCCUGGGGCUUCCCACUGCAGGAGAAUUGCACAACGUCAUUCAGCCAGCAGAACUGGUCGAUCUCCUGGGGCCUCCCACUGCAGGGGAAUCACACCACACUGCCCAGUCCAGAACUGAAGCCGCGGAAAAUGUCCAGCGUUCCAGUCCUGCUGGGGGCGUUGUCCAGCAUUCCAGUCCUGCUGGGGGAGUCGUCCAGCGUUCCAGCCCCGUGGGGGUGGUGCUCCGCUUUUCUGCUGCCCGGCAAAGGCUGCCCUGUUUCCCGAUACAGCGAGAGAAAGAUCACACAGGGGCCCCGGGCCGCCGUUGGAGGGGGGGUGGUCAUUGGUGCUCCGGGAGAAGCGCCUUUGGAGGGGGGUGCUGUUACGCCCUCGCCGGCAGAUGGCACUGCGGCGCGGCUUCUGAAUUCUUGUGUUGAUCCACUGCUCUCUGCUAUAGAGUCACACUCCAGUGUAGAGGGAUCCAGUAAAGACCUGGAGGAUUACAGAGAAGACAGCAACUGGGAACAAGAAAAGGAAGAAAGCAGUGAGAAAGUGGAAAUGUCACAUUUUGAGCCUGCUCUUUUACCAGUUAGCUGUGGUUCUGUCAGUGGGGAUUUAUAUAAAAGCAGAUUUGCAGCGGGGUCACGCAGUAAGAGCAUCCGCACACAUGAGCGCUGGUUCACUCCCGAGGAGUUUGUAAAGCAGGAGCUAACUCUGACAGACGGACACUGGGAGAAAGACAUACUGUGUCACGGCAAAACCCUUAACUACCUGGUGAAGAACAAGGUCCUGGAUGUCCAUCCAUGUUUGUGUGACUGUUUACUGUGCUGCCCUGAUGAACCGCUACAUCAGGAUAAGGAUGAUGUGUGCUUCAUUUGUAAUGCUGAAGGACUUCUGGUGUGCUGUACAGAAUGCCCACGAGCUUUCCACCAUUGCUGCCACCUACCAGAUCUACAGGACAAAACACUUGGGGGUGACUGGAUGUGCACAUUCUGUGUGUUAAAGACCAAAGAAAGACUGUGGACUCCCAUGAGCAGGGAAGAUGCUUUGACCAGCCCUGUUUUGGGAAACAUCAUGCGCUGUGAGUAUUUGCUGUUGCGUUUGUAUAUGGAGGACGCAUGGCGUGCGGUUACUGAUGACACUACAACAACAGAGGAGAGAUACACCAGUGUGAUCUGCAGGCCCAUCUGGUUGGACAAAGUGAAGCGCAAACUACAGGAUAACGAGUAUAUAACAGUGAGAGAGCUUGUGCAUGACAUCAUGCUCAUCUUCAACAUCUGCCAAACUUUUAACAGGGAUAAUAAGUCUGGCAAGAUGGGAACCAUAAUGGAAAAGGUGUUUGAGAAGGAGUUUGACACGGUCUUUAAAAUCCAGUAGCAUUUCUACAUCUUACUGAAAAGUUUGUGAACCAAAGACAAAUAUUGAUGCUAAUUUUUGCAUUGCCAGAAUCUUGUUGUUAAUUUAUAAGUCAUAAAAUAGAUAGCAUCUGAAUAUUCGAGUUAACUUGUCAUCUUCUAUAAUCAUAAUUGUUUAUCAUUGUUUUAGGAUACAGGACUUUUAGUGAGUCAGAGCCCUAUCAUUAUGGAACACUUAAUAUUAAAGAGUGAACAGUAAAAUCCAGGCAAAAAAUGUAUAUUUUAUUAUAAUCUAUCUAUGAAUAUACAGCGUUAUGAGCACUUAUUAUUAUUAUUCCACACAUAAUUCCUCAUUUAUUGUAUCUUAAUAACUUUCAUUAUUUAUUCUUGCAUGUCAAGUUUUAUAUACACUAUAUGACCAAAAGUCCGCACCUGACCAUCACACCCAUACGUGCUUGUUGAAUGUCCCAUUCCAGAUUCAUUCCCCCUUUGCUGUAUGAAUAAGCUCCACUCUUCUGUGAAGGCUUUCCACUAGAUUUGCACUUAGACUAAAGACCAGAUUGCACUUAGACUAAAUGUACAGCAUACAAAGACAUUCUAUACAACUUUGUGGUAACAGUUUGGAGAAGAACCACAUAUGGUGUGAUAGUCAGGUGUCCACAUAAGUUUUUGCCAUAUAUUUAUAUUAUAAUAUAUUUUUAUUUUCUUUUAUUGCAAGUACAUUUCUUUGUAUAAUGAUUUAUAGCAUGUCUUUUACAAUAUAGUAAAACACUGUGCGAUCGAAUCUGUUUUAAAAUGGCAUAUGAUAAUUCUUAAAAAUAUUUACUUUAAUAAUGUAGAACUUUAAAAGACAACCUAAAGACAACCAGGUCCAACUUGUUUCUUUGUUGUUGUUUUGUGUGUGUGUGUGUGUGUGUGUGUGUGUGUGUGUGUGUGUGUGUGUGUGUGUGUGUGUGUGUGUGUGUGUGUGUGUGUGUUUGCUCGUAUUUUUGAUUCACUUGUCUGAUGGACGUCACUGUGAUAGCUGAAGGCAGGAUAAAAAUAAUUAAUAAAGUCAGUACUGAACUACCAAAUAUGGUGUUCCUAAAUAUGAAAAAAAUAUGUCAUGCCACAGAAUUAGUUUG